GUGGGAAGGGGCUCGUAUACUUUGCUCUGCUUUUGUUUGUUGUCCUUAGGGACCUACUAUAAAACAACAGUAUACGUCCAAACUGAACUGUGAAGUACUCCAAGACGACUUGGCAUUCGAGGUACGAUGGGCGGUUGCUGGAGAAAGCAUCGUGUUACAAUUGGUGGCCAAAUUGGGCGACAAAGAAUACAUGUCAUUCGGCUUAUCUGGCGACAAUCAGAAGAGUGUUAUGGUUGGUGGAGAUGUCGUCGUAGCCUGGGUUGAUAAGAACACAUUGAAAGGCUUUGCCGAAGACUACUACCUCAACGACAAAUCGCAGUGUUCUGGACCUACUGGUUCCUGUCCAGAUAAUAGACUGAACCAACAAGCUGUGAACAACAUCCGCCUUCUGAACGCAGCUGCGGUGAACGGAUACUCGAUCGUGACCUAUCAGCGACCUUUAGCGGCCUCGGACAAAUUCGACCGUGACGUGUUGACCAAUGGCAGCCAAGCCAUCAUCUGGGCCAUUGGACCUCUGAACGAACGAAAUGAAGUCUCCUUCCACACGAAGUACCUCAAAGGUGAUAAGCUGGUGGAGUUCGGAAGACCAGCUAGAUGGAACUGCCCUGCGCCAGAGGAAGCAAAGAAAUCCGUGGCAUCUUCAGCGGAAGAACAGACUCCGCAGUCCACAAUCAAUGCAACUCCAGAACCUGUACGCUUCAGCACUGAAGAACCAGUAAUCGCAACUUCAUCGCCAGCAUCUAGAAGAACAACUAUUCGAAGAAGGGGAGGUGGUAGACCUCAAACGACUGAAUCUGACUUCGGCGUUAGUAGGACAGAGGCACCUCAAGUUACCACGCCUCAAUCUCAAAGGAGGAGGGGACCUCAACGAGGAACUAGCACUCGUGACAGCAUUGCUUCCGUAAAAGAAGUUCCUACUCCCACCCCAGUGAAGACCAGACGUGAUGCUUGGGAAAUACCGGAUAUCCAAUGCUACGAACCAGAAGAUGGAGUUUUCUACGCCCAAAUGGGACCUACUGGAGGGAAAAGAGGAUACCCAGCUAUUACAGGUCAUGUUGGUUGGGGCAUAUCGUGGUAUAUCAACGGUCUCCUGAUACCAGUUAUCCACGUAGUCAGAGGGAAAACAUACACGUUUGUCGUAGAAGGAGGUUUAGACCCCGAAGUGUCUGCAAAAUACCAUCCGUUCUACAUCACGGACGACCCAGUUGGAGGUUAUGCCUACAAAACCCCAGAAGAAAGAAAGGCUGUAAAUGUGUUUGCUGGAGUACGCAAAGCCAAGGACGGGUCCCUAGUGCCCACUGGAACCGGUCGCUUAUGUCAUUGGACCCAAUCCGGUGACUUGGAAGCAGACGACUAUCCAUCUUUCGGAGCUUACCAAAGAUCUCUGGAACUGAAGUGCGACCCUGGAGAGCCUGGCGUUAUUCAGUGGACUCCCGACGAAAGUACUCCUGACACUGUUUACUACCAGUGCUUCACCCAUCGCUACCUGGGUUGGAAGAUCAUAGUCCACGACACUUGCGAUGGUCAAGCUACAGCCGCAAGUUCCCUCCAAGAAGUCGCCGUGGCCCCUCCCGCCGACUUCCAAGACAAGUCAGACGUCGAUCUCGCAGACAGCCCGUCCAUACAAGUGGAGACUAUGGUAAAAGCAAAUGACAUUUCUAAGGAGGCUGCGCCGGCUAAAACAUAUGCUCAAUCUGCGGUUGUUUCAGAGAGCCCAGUAACUCGACCAGACCCACCACCAUCACCAACAGAGCACACUUCUUCCACACAGAGCACUCUAGCAGACGAUCCUUUCUUCAGGUGGAACAGGCCGCUCUGGCAGCAGACACCCAAGUACUUCAGACCCAGCACGCUACUCAACGAAACUCCCGAAAGCACCAAUUUCCAUUUCGCCAAACUCACCACCACAAGUAGCACUACUACCACCACCACCUCUACAACUACUACUACCACCACUGAAAAACCUGUCGACAACGUUGCUAUCCCUAGCAGCACAAUGAAUGAGACCUUCUUGUUACCGCCUCCUCCAAUGCACGUUUCUAGACAGCCUGUGUAUCACAACAGACCUUCUAUGCACUAUCCGAUCAAACUGAGACAACCUUUUCUAGCACCCAGACCGAACCUUAUGGUCCCUCCUAAAUCCAAAUACCAAUGGACUCCUCCAAAGCUUGUCUACCCUAACAGACCGUAUCAGUUUGAGCAAACCAAAUAUUUCCCUGCAAAACCAACGCUUCUACCUCAAAAGCAAGCCACGAUGAAACCUGCCGUUGUCGAAGAAACCAAAUUUAAAGGACAAGUUCAUGAUGUAGAGAUAUCUCCUCAACAACCUUCUACAGAAAGAGAGCCUGAAAUUCAAACCGUAGCGAGUCCUGCCAUUCUUGACAUAACACCUGUUUACGUAAAACCUGCUUACAACAUUGGGUUUAGAUCAGGUUCUAUCAAGAUGGAAAGCGGUUUCAAGCCCAUUAUCAGUAAAGAUUUCCAAGAUCGAAUGGACGAAGAGGUGGAUGAACCUCAGGUAGAGCCUGAGGGAGAGACAGGAGUUAUUGAAGUAGAUGGGGAGGAAAAAUAUGAGCCUAAGCCCAUACAGGUUUUCGAACCUAUGUUUGUACCAUCUCCUACAGAUAAACCAGUAAAACCUACGAAACGUAAAGUGGUUCAUAAAAGACCUGUGGUGAAGCAGAUUCCAGAAUAUACCAAGAUCGUAGUGAAACAUACCAGAAGUCUACCUGAUCCUAUAGAGGAAGACCAAAAAGCUGAAGCGGCAGAACGUGUGGAGUCUUAUUAUUUGCCCCCAGCCGAUCAAAAACAGAAACCUAUGCAACGGAUCAGUCAACCGUCAAACAUUGACAUAGAAGCUCCAGAAGAGCCAGUUAACAUUGAUUCUCCGCCAGAUGUCGUUGUAUCUUACGAUGGAAAGCGACUUUCUGGGCAAAGCCUCACUGCGAAAGUUUCUGACAGAACACCAAAUGUAGAACCAAAACUGUCUAAGGCCAGUGCGUUUAUCAGAGCAAGACCUCAAUUUGGAAAGUUCAAAGGGGAGCUACCGCCUCUAAACCCAGAGUUCAUAAACAAAAAUGCACCGCAGUUGCAAACGGGAUCGUUGAGUAGAAGUUUGGACACGCCACCACCGUCCGGGUCAACAAGGCUGUCCAAAGUUGGGUCGAGGUCCAAAAGAGAAGCUCAUCAUACUCCAGAACACACAGCUCAACAAGAAGCGGAAAGGAAAAUGAACAGCAGUCAAAAAAGUUCGGCUGUAAGAGUCUCGAAUAGUCUUAGCGUAAGUUUCGCUGUUUUGUAUAUUCUAGGUUAUUUAUGUUUUACGUAAGUUUGAAUGUUGUUAGCGGUUAUUUUUUAUUAGUUUUUCGUUAAUUUUUCUGUACUGUACAUAUUAAUGUUAGAAUUUCUAAUAAAAGUUUUUAUACCGUA